ACCAUCCAACUUGCAUCCACUCAAGAUAAGAGACGUGCUUCCUAUUCCUUCCUUCCUUCCAGUUUGGUCAAGGAACAGAUAGUAGGCUCUGGUUUGAGAACUUUUUACGCUGUUCUUCCUUACACUCGCUGAAGACUGAAGGGAGACAGAGUGAGGAAUAGAGAUGGGGAGUGUGAAGGUAUACGGACCUCCGAUGUCGACCGCGGUGUCGAGAGUUCUGGCCUGCCUGCUGGAAAAGGAAGUUGAGUUCCAGCUCCUCCCCAUUAACUUGUCCAAAGGCCAGCACAAGUCCCCUGACUUCCUCAAACUCCAGCCCUUUGGCCAAGUCCCUGCUUUCCAGGAUGAUUCCACCACUCUCUUCGAGUCAAGGGCCAUUUGCCGUUAUAUCUGUGACAAGUUCCCUGCCCAAGGCAACAAGUCCUUGAUGGGAAGUGGCCAAGUGGGGCGGGCCUUGGUGGACCAAUGGGUGGAGGCAGAAGCCCAGAGCUUCAAUCCCCCCAGCUCUGCUCUGAUCUUCCAGCUGGUCUUUGCACCUAGCAUGAGACUGAAGACAGAUCCAGCAGCCAUCAGGGAGAGUGAGGCAAAGCUUAAGAAGGUGCUUGAUGUCUACGAUCGCCGGCUUGGAGAGUGCCGGUUCUUGGCUGGGGAUGAAUUCUCCCUGGCUGAUCUUUCUCACCUCCCCAAUGCCCACUACCUUGUGACUGCCACUGAUAGAGGCCACAUCUUAACUUCCAGGAAGAAUGUGGGAAGGUGGUGGGAAGAGAUUUCAACCAGGCCUUCUUGGAAGAAAGUUGCUGAGAUGCGAAAAGCUCCACUGGCUUGAGUGGUUCUUCUGCUAGUAUUUUAGCUCAAGUUUGUUAGAGAACUUGUGUUUGUUGUCAAGGAGAAUGAUUAAAUUGUCCUCUGCUGCUACCGUUGAUUAUUGAGUUAGAUGUAGAUUUGUUUGGAGUUUCAGAUAUUUACUCAGGUGUUGGAGAAUUCUAGGGUUGAAGUUUUCAAGUUGUUUCCUUGGUUA